GAGUGUGUUUUUUUUAUGAUGGAGAGCAGAGCGGCUGCACUCACACUCCUUCAUGACUCUGUGCUCCACUUUUCUCUACUUUCAUGACAAGAAAUGAUUCCUCGUUGUGAAGUUAGAAACACUCUGAUGUCUCCUCUGUGAGCUGGACCGGACUCUCUCUCUCUCUCUCUCUCUCUCUCUCUCUCUCUCCCUCUCUCUCUCUCCCUCUCUCUCUCUCUGCUGUCCCGAGCGCGUGCCUCUCAGUCUGGAUGAUGGAGGUGGAGGUGCUGCUUCUCCUGCUCUGCUUCAUGAUUCUCCACAGCUCGGCCAUUGAUACUGUGAACGUGGUGGACUUCUGUGGUCAGACGAUCCGAGGUGACGGCAUGAUCGUCAACUCGCACCAGGAGUCUAAGAAGUACUACUUUGUUACCAUGGGGACCGACUGUCACCUCACCAUGCAGGCCAGCUCGCCCAAAGACAAGGUCCAGUUCCACUUCCGCUUCUUCCUGGUCUACAGCUUGCUGCGAGUCGCCCCUAUGAGCCCCGCCCCCGUCUUCCCAGAGUCCCCCCGUGGCUCCGCCCCUUUAAACCCCAGACUUGAGCCCACCUCGGGGGAGAGCUCGGGGGAUCCGUGUCACGCCGGCUCGUACGUUCAGUUCUACGACGGACGGGACAGGAACUCGCCCCCCCUCGGGCCUCCUCUGUGCGGGAAGAGCCCCCCCCGACCCGUCCUGUCCACAGGAAACUACCUGACCCUGAGACUGGUUACUCGGGGGACUCAGCCCAGAGUGGACUUUGUGGGGGACUUCACCUCCUUCAGACUGGGUUUCAACCAAUCAGAGUGCAGCAGUGAGCCUUAUUUCACCUGCAGGAACGGGAAGUGUAUCCCUCUCGGCCUGGUGUGUGAUGAAAAAGGCAUCGACAACUGCGGGGAUGGAAGUGACCUGGAGGAGAACCUGACGACGGGCUGUAAAGCAGGUCAGCUUCUACCUCCUGAACCUCCACCAGCGGUAGCGACCCCUCACCCACCUGUCGUGACUCCGCCCACGGUGCCGAUUGCGUCACAUAUGAACUGCGGCAUGCCAGACAGCGCUCCGAGUCACGAGUCGGUAACAGACUCUCCUGCCUCGCUGGCCCUGCUGGUCCUCUACAUCCUCGUCGGCGUGGUGGCAGGCUGCGUGGUGCUCUGUUGGUGCUGCUGGUCGCCCGGCUGGUUCCUGUGGCGUAUCAGCAUCUGUCGCUUCUUACCCUGCUGCAACGUGCCCUGCUCCUCCUGCCAGCUCUGCGCUCAAAGCUGCACGCACGGCAAGGAGCACCGACUGGCAAAAGUCACACCACACACGCCGGUCAACGGGACCCCGGCAGGCACGGCGGCAAACGCCAACAGUGCUGAAGAAAAUGUUACCGUGGCGCCAGUUUAGAGGAGGAAGUUCUGACAGGUCGGUCUGUUUCUGCACACAGAGACUUGGGGUUUAUCAGACCGAUGCUAAGCUGGGAUCAGAGGAACAGCUGACUAAACGAAGAAUCUUCAAUUUCUUUGGUUUGGGUGUUUUCUGUGCUUUAAAUAUGACGCAGGAGAAAGACUGCUCUUUUCUUAUUUGUUGAAGGAGAAGCAGGGUACAAUGUGACUAUGGAUUGUCACAUUGGAUGUUCAGCUCAUGACGUCUGAUGGCGGCACAUUUAAGCCGUUUUCACACGUGCACUGCUCACCAACUACUCCCAUUGGCCCGAGGUUAAUUCUCCUGAUAAUAUCCUGCUGCGUUCUCCCAUCAGCUCACUCGGACUUGCUGUGGAAAAAACACUAGGGGGUCUGGCAGGAGAAACACCGUGGGAAGUCAGAACGAAAAAUUUGGCUGUUUACGUUCACACAUACAGCUCCUCCGGCAAAUAUCAGGAGUUUUCUGCAACAGUGAAAGUCCUAUCAGUUAUAGAUUAAAGAGACCGCUCAUGGUGAGGGCGGCCUGGGUCUGAAUCCAACCUGUAGCUCCUGUCAUAACCCUCUCUCUCUCUCUCUCUCUCCAUGAUUUCUGCCUCUAUCUACUGUCCUGUCUCUGAAUAAAGGCAUAACAAGCCCAACAAUACAUCUAUAAAGAGACUGCUCUUGAAGUGUGAAUAGUGCAGCCUUUAAUACUCUGCAAGUUUUAAAAAAGAAACAAUAACAAUUUGUUAGUUUGAGAAGUGUUUUUAAUCAUUUAUGUUCGUAAAACAUCAUUUAACUUUCCUAUCUUAAAAGUAACCGUUCAGCCAUGCAGUCGAGUGCAGAACACUCCAGGUCUUCAGCUUUGACCAAAAGUAUUCCUCUGCGACGUGCUGAGCCGACGGGGCUCAGAGUCACCCACCUGGUGACAGCAGCUGCUCUCUGUGUGAGAAAUUCCUUCUUCAACUUGUCCACUCUCCUCUCAGCGGUCUCUGUUGUUCCAAAUAUAAACCAAUGUGAAGUUUGGACGAUGAGGCACAAAGGCUUGAGGUUUCUCGUUAAAAACGUUGUGCUUAUUACGUCUUCUUUAUUUUCCCUUACAGUUGCCUACAAGCCUUCAAACACACAAGCAUCUUUUUCUACCUUCAGCUAGUUCAGACUCAAUAUGAGAUCAUUUGUCCAGGAGGAACAGUAUUACAAAAACUGUGUUUUAAUUCAUCAUGCACACAAAGCGCAUUAUAAAAUCCAUUGAUGUUUUUUCACUGUAUUUAUGUAGAUGUUGAGUUCAAAAGGAAGAUUGUACAGAAUUGCUGCUUUUGAAACAAGCAGAGGACACUCAUGCACUCAGUGAAGAAGACCCCUCAACCCUGUUAGGCCCCUACACCCUACUGAUAAGUUACAUAACCUUAUGGCCCUUAGUUCCAACAGCAACAAAACAAUAUGGCCACCUUCAACAGACCCAGGCUCUGUUUAGCCAGCUAGCCUAUCCCCCCACAACUCAGACUAAUGGGCAGCCAGAGUCAAGUCAAGUGGGGACGUCCCUUCAGUAGUGUUUCGUCCAAUUUGAUGUAAACGCCCCAGCAUAUGGUUCUUGGCUGAUGUUGUAGUACUCAGAUUGGUCUUGGACUAAAGACUAGUCUGGAAUUGAAAGCAUUUUAACUCGGUCUUGUCUCGGUCUCAGACUCCAGAUUUUAAAUCAAGACCGGUCAAGACCACCACUGGUAGGCUACAUCACUACUGAGAUUAGAAGGAAAACACCUCUUUCUAAAACAACCAAUGACUUCAAUUUAUUUGUGUUUUGAUUUGUAUCCCCCGUUACGGCCACAACCUUCCCAUCUUGCGGCCUAAUUGAGUGACACACCCCUAAACACAAGUUGAUGAUUGUUCAGUGGUAUUUAUGGUCUUGGUUUUGUCUUGGUCUCGCCCUGCCUUGGUCAUUGGCCAUUCUCGAUCCCUAAAGGUCUUGGUCUUGUCUCUGUCUCGAUCCCCAAAGGUCUUGGUCUUGACUCAGUCACGAUCCCUUAAGGUCUUGGUCUUGUCUCAGUCUCGAUCCCUAAAGGUCUUGGUCUUGUCUCGGUCUCGAUCCCUAAAGGUCUUGGUCUUGUCUCGGUCUUGGAGCACUCUGGUCUCGGGUGUGUCUUGGUCUCAGUUAGUGUGGUUUUGACUACAACACUAUUCUUUUCUCUAAAUGUGUAACCAUGGAAUACAUAAUUAUCAUUUUUUCAAAGAGUUUAUUGUAAAUCAGCGAUUUCUUUAUGUUUCAAUGAACAGCUCAUUAAACAAUGUAUAAAUACA